AACGGCUCAUCCUGUGAGACGUGUUGUAUUCGACUCUGAGUUACGUUUACAUGCGUCCACUCUCUUGUAGAAAUACAAUAAUUAGUUGUUGUUAUUGACGAGAACUGACAGCAAAGUCAAAAGGACAUACACGUGUUGACUAACGAGAGCUCAAAAACAUCCCUCAGCUCUAUGUGUGUUGGUGUCCAGAUAACACAGACGGUGUUCGCCAAAAUGUGUCUCCCCCGGCAGUCGAUUAGCUUAAUGCUUUUUUUCCCUGCUUUUUAUGAUCACUUUUUCUAAACAUGGCAUUCCACAAACUGAACAUGGCGAUCUGAGAUGCAGCUUGAUAAACAUACACUACCGUUCAAAAGUUUGGGGUAACUUAGAAAUGUCUUUAUUUUUCAAAGAAAAGCACUGUUUUUUCACUAAAGAUAACAUUAAUCAAAAAUACACCCGACACAUUGUUAAUGUGGUAAAUGACUAUUCUAGGUGGAAACGUCUGGUUUCUAAUGAAAUAUCUCCAGAGGUGUAUAGAGGCCCAUUUCCAUCAACUAUCACUCCAGUGUUCUAAUCGUACAUUGUGUUUGCUAAUCGCCUUAGAAGACUAAUAUCUGAUUAGAAAACCCUUGUGCAAUUAUGUUAGCACAGCUGAAAACAGUUAUGCUGGUGAUAUAAGCUAUACAACUGGCCUUCCUUUGAGCUUGAAGUUUGAAGAACAAAAUUAAUACUUCAAAUAUUAAUCAUUAUUUCUAACCUUGUCAAUGUCUUGACUAUAUUUUCUAUUCAAUUUUCAAUUCAUUUGAUAAAUAAAAGUGAGUUUUCAUGGAAGACACGAAAUUGUCUGGAUGACCCCAAACUUUUGAACGGUAGUGUAUUUUUAGUUGGACUAAGUUAUACCUCAACGGUAAUCAUCUAUUCAUUUUGUUGAAGACAUUCUCUUCAACAACUUAUAUGUGUAUCGGCCAAUAUGGCUCAUUGACAAUCAGCAAUCUGUGCUGGCAGCAAAAAAAAAAAAAACUGAUCCAAAAGCUGAUCGGAUCUCUCACUGAAAGUCGUGAUGCAAUUCUAACCGGCUAGAGAAAAAAAUCAUCAGUGGACAAAACGAAGAACCGCCAGGUUCUCGGCCUUGUAGAGCAUUCAGGACGGAGGACACGCGGCUGUGGAGAACAACAUUAUUACAUUACAUCACGUGUCAUUUAGCAGAUGAAUCUCCUUCCUCCUACUUUGGGGGAACUUUCCAUCAAUUUAUAAAAAAUAUUUAGUUGCUUUCUGUUAAUCAUGAGCUGCUGACUUAUAUUCAAUUCAGUUUAUUUGUAUAGCCCAUUUUCACAAAUUAUAAAUUUGUCUCAGAGUGCUUUACAAUCUGUACAUAUAGACAUCCCUGACCUUUGACCUGACAUCGGAUCAGGAACAACUCCCAAACAACCCUUCAGGGGGAAAAAGUGAAGAACCCUUCAGGAGAGCAACAGGAGGAUCCCUCUCCAGGAUGGACAGAACAAUAGAUGUCAUGUGACCAGAAGGACAGAUUAGAGUUGAAACACAUUCAUUGAAUAUGACAGAGUUUAUAUAUAUGCAGCUUUGACUUCAUCUGUAUAAAUUGUUCAGCAUAUUGCUCUUUGAUUUUCUUUCCACUCCGUCUGACCGGUGCUACUGUUUCCCACGUGUCAGCAGGGGAAACGUCCUUUUAGAUGCAUUCUACUUCAUUGUUUACCCCAUGACUAAAACACUCCGUGUCUGGAUUACCAAUGAGCUUCGUAACAGAAGUCCGGCAGAUGAAGAUACCGCGUCGUUGUUUUUAAGGCUCUUGGAAUACAGCCCGUUGGCACAGUCUGUCCCAUAUCCACAGUCCCACCCCAGGCCUGUCUCGAUGUCUCCGGCUGGAUUUCCCGCCCCGUCAGCCUCCAGGACUUCCCUCCAUAAUCCCAACUGUUGCACCUGCGCUCAAGACGCAGACAUCGGAGCAUCAGCCUCCGUACAUCAUCGCCGUUCUUCCUCGGUACGUGGAGAUCCGGACGUUCGAGCCGAGGCUGCUGGUGCAGAGCGUGGAGCUGCAGAGGCCUCGCUUCAUCACCUCAGCAGGGUGAAGCAAAAUAUUGUGUAUGUCGCCAGCAACCACUUUGUGUGGCGCCUGGUGCCCGUGUCCAUCGCCACCCAGAUCCGGCAGCUCCUUCAGGACAAGCAGUUUGAGCUGGCUCUUCAGCUGGCGAUGAAGGACGAUUCAGACGGCGAUAAGAAGCAGCAGAUAAAUCACAUCCAGAAUCUCUACGCCUUCAAUCUGUUUUGCCAGAAGAGAUUUGAUGACUCCAUGCAGGUGUUUACCAAGCUGGGCACAGAUCCCACCCAUGUGAUUGGGCUGUACCCAGACCUGCUCCCUGCAGACUACCGCAAACAGCUACACUACCCCAACCCUCUGCCUAGUCUGUCCGUGGCAGAGCUGGAGAAGGCUCAUCUCGCUCUCAUCGAUUAUCUCACACAGAAACGCAGCCACCUUGUGAAACAGCUGAACGACUCUGACCCUUCGACCACGUCUCCGCUCAUGGAGGGCACGCCUACCAUCAAGAGCCGCAAAAAGCUCCUGCAGAUCAUUGACACCACCCUGCUGAAAUGUUACCUGCAUACCAACGUGGCCAUGGUGUCCCCCCUCCUUCGUCUGGAAAACAACCACUGCCACAUCGAGGAGAGCGAGUACGUCCUGAAGAAGGCCCACAAGUACAGCGAGCUCAUUAUCCUCUAUGAGAAGAAGGGCCUGCACCAGAAAGCUCUGCAGGUGCUGCUGGACCAGUCCACCAAGGCCAACUCUCCGCUGAAGGGCCACGAGCGAACGGUGCAGUACCUCCAGAGACUGGGAGUGGAGAAUUUGGGGAUGAUCUUUGAGUUCUCUCCCUGGGUGUUGAAGAUCUGCCCUGAGGACGGCCUGAAGAUCUUCACGGAGGACCUGACCGAGGUGGAGACUUUGCCCCGGGACAAGGCGCUGAACUUCUUGAAGGAGGGCUUCAAGGAGCUCGCCAUCCCAUAUUUGGAGCACAUCAUUUACGUGUGGGACGAUAAGGUGCCGGAGUUUCACAACGUGUUGAUCCAGCUCUACCUGGAGAGGGUGCAAGGCCUCAUGAAACAGUACCUCAACUCACUGCCAGAAGGAGUUCCAGCUGUUGCUGCGGGGAAGGAGGAAGGAGAUCUGGGAGAGUUCAGGAACAAGCUGCUGUCCUUCCUGGAUAUUUCUACCAGCUAUGAACCGGCCAGACUCAUCAGUGACUUCCCCUUUGACGGCCUGCUGGAGGAGCGGGCUCUGCUUCUGGGUCGGAUGGGUAAACACGAGCAGGCGCUCUUCAUCUACGUGCACAUCCUGAAAGACACCCGCAUGGCUGAAGAAUACUGCCACAGCCAUUACAGCGGCUCAGUCGACGGGAAUAAAGAUGUGUACCUGUCCUUGCUGCGGAUGUACCUGUCUCCUCCUGACGUCCACUGCCUGGGGCCCAUCAAGAUGGAGCUGUCGGAGCCUCAGGCCAACCUGCAGGCGGCUCUGUGCGUCCUGGAGCUGCAUCACAGCAAACUCAACACCUCCCAGGCCAUCAAUCUGCUCCCGGCCAACACUCAGAUCCGAGAGAUCCGGGUCUUCCUCGAGAGCGUGUUGGCGGAGAAGGCGCAGAGGAAACGCUGCAACCAGGUGCUGAAGAGUCUUCUGCAGGCCGAGUUCCUCCGAGUGCAGGAGGAGCGGAUCUUCCACCAGCAGGUGAAGUGUGUCGUCACCGAGGAGAAAACCUGCCGAGUCUGCAGGAAGAAGAUCGGAACCAGUGCGUUCGCCAGGUAUCCCAACGGCGUGGUGGUGCACUACUUCUGCUGCAAGGACCGCAACGCGUGUCCCGCCGAGCAGUGAGCGCACGCCGCCGGACGACCCCACA